AUGACAAAAGCGCUCGGAGCUAAGAUUCCUCACUCUGUUCUUGAAAUACUUCGUGACUUUGACGAAAACUAUGUUCUUGCCGCUGCCAGAAAUUACCUUGACGAUGAAAUCAUUUUACAAAUCACUGACGUAGUCACUCCAGAAAUCACUAUGUCAAUGGAUCACCGCUGCCUCCGCUAUAACUUUUUUGUGUUUGAAUCAAACACCCUUACAGUUGGGUAUAUAAAAGAUGACUUCAAUCCAUAUGAUCUGACAGAGGAUUUACGUUUUCACGGGUCACUUGAGGGCAAAUUCAACAGUGCAUCUGUCAAUCUUCCUACUGGAGUAAAAUUCAAGGUGGUUUUCCGUGGAAUAUUUCAAAAAUCCACCUAUGGAUUUCUUCUUAUCGAUAACGUAACAAUCACUGACGGAGAAUGUGAAAAGUGUGGUACUAGUGAAUUCAAAUGUAGUGAUGUAAGUGAUGAGUGUAUUCCAUUGAACAAGGUGUGUGAUCUUGAACCCGAUUGUAUUGGAGGAGAAGAUGAAAAAAGUUGCAAUUUCCUGCGUUGUUGGGUUGCUAAUUACAGUUUUUGUAAUCUGAAAGAACAAAAGUUUAGUGAUUCUAUAUCUAAUAUCUACUUGAUCAAUCACAUGUAUAAUGUCAUUACAAUUGAUUUAAGUUACAACUUCUUAAUCACGUGGAAACUGGUAUCAUACACAAAAAAGCUCUAUUUGCAUCAUAAUUCGAUCACAUCAUUGAACCACACUCUUUAUGACAGACAGUCAGAGGCUCGCUUGCAGUAUUUAGAUCUCUCUUACAACAAGAUUAUCAGUAUUAAUAAUGAAGAUUUGGAGGAUCUACCAAAUCUUCUGUAUCUUAUUUUUCAUGAAAAUCGUUUGACACAUAUCCAAGAGAAAGCUUUUGAUAAAUUAACUAAGCUUAUUCAUUUAGAUUUGUCAAAUAAUAAUCUACGAAAUCUUAACCGCUUCCAUUUCAUGUAUCUGUCAAGAUUGCAAUAUCUCAACCUGCAGAAUAACGAUGUUAAAGUGGUGGAGGGAAUGUUUGACAGUCUUAUGAAUAUCCUUUAUCUUCAGGUGGACUCCUACACGCUUUGUUGUGCACAGCCUAAAGCCGUCGGCAAGAUUCAGUGUGUAGCUCCAUUGAAUGAAAUAUCAUCUUGCCACAAUUUGAUACAUUUACAUAUUCUGAGAAUAAUUAUUUGGUAUAUUGCUCUCCUUGCUCUGUUUGGGAAUAUGUCUGCUAUAUUUUACAGACUUUACUGUGUUAAGAAGAAACCAGUCACAACAUUUGACAUUUAUUCUUUAAAUCUGGGUCUGGCAGACUUCUUUAUGGGUGUUUAUCUUUACAUCAUAGCCGGGGCUAACAUAGCGUUUAGUGGUCGUUAUGGUUUUGAAGAUUUCUCAUGGAGACACAGUCCUUAUUGUAUCUUUGCUGGUGUCCUGGCUACUCUUUCUAGUGAGGCAUCUGCUUUAUUUGUACUUUUGAUCACCAUUGACAGAAUACUUGUAGUGCGAUAUCCGUUUUCAACGCUCAAGAAAAGGAUCAGGGUAUCAAAACUCAAUUCCAGCUUGGUAUGGACUAUCGCUCUCUUUUUGUCUGUAAUACCCCUUACCGGAAGUGAAUAUUUCGAUGACUACUAUUCAAGUUCCGGAGUGUGUAUUUAUUUGCCUUUGUCUGUUCUACGAAAAGCGGGAUGGGAAUACUCUAUGAUUAUAUUCGUUGGAGCAAACUUUUUAAUCUUUAUUGCAACACUCAUCGGACAAAUUGUAAUAUUUAUGGAUGUUGUUCGAAUGGGGAAGAAGACGGCUUUGCAUUCCGUAAAUCGACAAAGAAAACGAGAAGUGGGCAUAGCAAAGACUCUAAUCACAGUUGCAGUUACAGAUAUGUUUUGUUGGAUUCCAAUUGGAGCUAUUGGGCUUCUGACGUUUAUGGGUAUCGAUGUAACUGUUCAAGUUUAUGCGUGGAUUAUUGUCGCUGUACUUCCAAUAAACUCGGCGCUGAAUCCACUCAUUUACACAUUUUCUGCAAUAAUGAGACAUGGGAGCCACAAAAAUCGCAAUCAGAAAACCGGCUGUACAAAGGAAACGGGGUAUAAUAAGCCUAAUGAAAGAAAUCUG